UCCGAGGCGCCAUCCGCGCUUACGCCCCUACGCGGCGAGCGCCUGCGUCUCCUCGGCCUUCUUCUUGAUGAGCACGGCGCGGAGGCGCGCCAGGUCCACGCCGCCCCAGGCGUCGGGCUCCGUGUCGACGAGCGAGAGGACGCGGGCCCAUGUCGCGUCCGACUCGGCGGCGGUCUCGAGCGCCUCGAGGAACGCGUGCUCGCCUUCACGGUUCUUCGGCAUGGUCACGUCGCGCAGCUUCGUCUCGCGUUCCGCCCUGAACGUGCCGACCUGCGUGUGGACAUUCGCGACGCGUUCCGUGCGAUGCCAGUUCCUCGUGAACCCGACUCACCGGUUGGUUUCCACACGGGUGCCGACGUAGUCGGACGCCUCCUCUAUUCUUUUCUGGACGAGCGCGUCCUCCUUCGCCUGGCGCUCGGCGACCUUGGCUCGGUACACCUCGCGCGUCUCGUCGGUCAUGUGCUCGUCGCCGAGGUUCAUGUUGGUUUCACGACCUCGAGGAGACUGCUUUGCCAGGUCACGUUUUUUUUGGAGCGCUUCCGCGCGGUCGCGCGAGCGCUGGGCGUCACGACGCGUCUGAGGUACGUAGACGCGCGUGCCACGUGCGUAGCGGCGAGAAGGACCGGCGCCGAACGCAAAAAUUUUGACGAAAAACCCGCGACAGUGAGACACACAAACCCCCUUACUCACCACUCGCACGGCGCGUAG